AUGAGUCUCCAGGGUCCCAAGGGCGAGCCAGGAUCUCGAGGACGCCGAGGGAAGAAGGGCAAGGAUGGAGAGGCGGGACCCGUGGGUCCCAGCGGUCCGCCGGGCAAAAAUGGGUUCCCGGGCCCCAUUGGAUUGGACGGGCCAAAAGGAGAACCGGGCGUGCAGGGACCACCCGGCCCUCCAGGGGAACCAGGAAAGAAAGGCGAGCCAGGAGCAGGUUAUGACAUCCUCACCCGUGCCAAGGGGACGAUGGGAGGUGCCUGGGAUAGCAUAGACUCUGAUAGAAUAUUAGCUAUUAAAGGUGACCCAGGCAGUCCUGGACCCCCUGGAGCCCCAGGACCUUCAGGCAAGGAUGGUUUGCCAGGUAUGGAUGGCCGUGAUGGCUAUCCUGGAGAGCCUGGUCCUCCUGGUGAGGUGGGUCCUGCAGGUCCUCUUGGACCCCCUGGGCCUCCAGGCCCUCCAGGACCAGCAGGGCCUCAAGGCGAAAGAGGUGACAAGGGACACAAGGGUGACCGAGGGAUCACCACAGUCAACGGCAAAGAAAUUCCUGCCGGAAUCCUUGAGGGGCCUCCUGGACCGUCUGGACCCCCUGGGCCACCUGGGCUGCCAGGGGACCCAGGACCAGAUGGUCCCAUGGGUCCCCCUGGGUUGGAUGGGGAGGAGGGAGCACGAGGACCACGGGGCAGGCGGGGCAAGCGGGGUAAGAGGGGACGACGUGGUGAGUCUGGAAGGGCAGCAGCACAAGGACUACCAGGGCGGCCUGGACCAAAAGGAGAGCCUGGCAAUGUGGGGCCUUCAGGAGAAAAAGGAGAGAAAGGGUCCAUGGGCAUACAGGGCCCUAAGGGAGAGUUGGGCCCACGAGGACCCCCAGGGGUAGAUGGUAUCCAUGGGGAGUCUGGUCCACAGGGGCCACCAGGAUUGCCAGGUGCACUGGGCCCCAAGGGAGAGAAGGGUGAAUAUGGAGACAUUGGUCCUCCAGGCCUGAUGGGACCACCAGGCUUGCCAGGACCUCCGGGUCUGCCAGGCCUCAAGGGUGAUAAGGGUGACAAGGGAGACUCAAAACUGAAAAAGCUCAGAAGAAGACAGGGUGAUUCCAGCAGGAUCUGGACGGAGGUGCCAGGGGAGGUGAUCAUGGGUCCUCCAGGUCCACCUGGGCCAACCGGUGCCCCAGGCCUGCAGGGACCUCCAGGCAUCAAGGGAGGCAGGGGCAAGGAUGGCACCAAGGGAGAGCCAGGUGCCAAAGGUGACAAAGGUGACCCAGGACCCAUGGGGCUACCUGGACCAAUGGGGCUGCGGGGCGAGACAGGCCGGGCAGGGGAGACAGGCAAGCCAGGGCCAGCGGGUGCACCUGGUUUGGAUGGUAUGAAGGGUGCACGAGGAGAGAUUGGCAGGAAGGGUGAGAGAGGGGAUCCAGGACUGCCAGGCACCGACGGCAUUCCAGGGGUGGAGGGUCCAAAAGGAGAGAAGGGAAUGAAAGGAGAGAGGGGUCGGCGGGGCAGGCGGGGCAAGUCAGGACCUAAAGGGGAGAUGGGAGUGCCUGGUUUGGAUGCUCCAUGCCCCACUGGUGCUGAUGGGCUGCCCCUCCCUGGCUGUGGCUGGCGGCCUGGACAGAGUAAGAACAUUAUCCGGCCCAUUGGUGUGGGGCUUGGCCUUGGCUUGGGAGGACCACCCUUAGACGUGUUCCCCCUCGAGGCCCCAGUUCCCCAGGCCACCACCCCUCCUCAUGAGGACUAUGAGGAAGACUAUGAGGAGGAGGAGGAGGAAGAUGCGUUGAAAUGAGGCCUGCACUAACCCACUAACUCACACUGCAUCUGCCCCCUUUAGCUAUGAGGAACUGUUCAGCCGUCACUAACCUCAGCCGGGUGGGUCCAGGAGAUGCCUGCACUGCAUCACCACAUGACACCAAGGGAUACCCACCCCAUCUUGUUUACUCACUAGGCAAUAAACCUUAUAGAUUCUGAAGUAUGACAAGUUUUUCAUGAAGGGCCAGCAGUGUAGAGCGCUGGGCCAAUCCCAGCUGCUGCAGCCUCGUGUAGUGUGUCUCCUGCCACUCUGAAUUACAGUCUUUUGUUGAAGUGAACCCAUAAACAUUUUGGGAACAGUGCCAGCCACAAGCAUAGUGUAAAUAGUGUACAGAAGUUUCUACUGUCCUUGGUCCACAGUGACUUGUGUAUAGUGAGUUUCUCUCUUUUUUGUGUUCCUCUAUGAGCUACAUCAAUAAAUCUUUAGCAGUGACCUACAGUUGCAGUGUUGAUGAGACUCUAUCAGUGCAGUGACUUGCUGGUGCAAUCUUGGUGAGUCUUUAAAUAAAACCUGCAAUUGUAAUGUUGUAGAGUUCAGCAAUUAUUUAUAAUUGCAAUAUUAUUGUCUUCACUGAUGACUCACAUUUGCAACUUUGUCUCUAGUGAUGAGCUCUGGUUGCAGGACAGAAAAAAUGAAAAUAAGUUUGAGUUUCAUCACAUUGCCAACAACAUAAGGCCAAAUAUAUUUUACUUCUGGGAAAGGCUUUGAAAUAUGUGAAACAUUCACUCAUAUCAGUUUUGUUUUAGUAAAAACAUAUUUUGAAGUAGUGUUACUGAAAUAAUUUUAUCUGAAUUUAUCAGAAGUACAAGAAAAAUUAUGAUAAUGAUGUGUAAAUUCUUAGAUCUGACAAAAGUUAUACUGCCUCUUUAGACUUUGUUGGUGUGCAGAGUACAUGUUUUAAGCAACACAUGACACAUCAGCAGAUGUGUAACCUUUCUAUAGACUGAAGAUAUGUAUGUAGUUAUGCAAGAAAAGUGUGUAGUAAUAUAAUAUUAUCUUACUCAAGUGGAAAAGGUGAAGCAUAUCAUAUUAACAGAUCUUACAAUGUUGAUUUUAAAUUAGGAAUUUUUUCUGUCAGAAAUUUACAUCAUUUAUUUAACAAUAAUUAUUAAUUUAUUAUUGACCAAAUGACAUUGUAAAUUACUCAUAAUGUUUUCAGUUUUAUUAUUUUUUGUAGUAUUUGAAUAGCUUGAUGGAGUGUAGAGGAGCCAUGACCACAGUGUAGUGUUAUGUGUUGCUUUCUGGCAUGACCAGCAGCCUCUGUGACAACAUUGGGGGAAAGGGCAAAGUGUAACUGGUGGGGAUUCUAACUAUACAGUCAUUCAUCUGUUAUCAAACCUCAUCAGGAUCUACACUGGGUAGAAUACAUAUCUUAAACAUGAAUGUCUGCAUUGUUUCCAAGUUUUUUUUUUUUUUUUAUACAAAGAAUUUGCAUCACAGGAGGGAAAAAUUGUGUAUAACUCAGCACCCCAGACUACCUCAGAACUGCUGCCAGACAGAUCAGUUUAAAACUUGCCAAACUAAGUAGUGAAGGAGUGACAUUGUCAUCAACUAAUGAACAUGCUAUUCUUAUUUGGAAGUACAAAAUUACAUUAAUCUUAAAAUCGUUUGCUUAUAUAUUUACUAUUUUUUUCUAGCUCAAGAUAUACCUUUGGAUUUCUGGCCACUAAUUUGUAUUCAAGUAUUCAUGUAAUCUUUAAUUUAUUGCAACAAACACCCACAAAUGAAGACUGCCAUGAGGAUCUAGUGUCUGCUACAUCCAUAAUGCUCUGGUUGUCUUUUAUAGUUUUGUUUUUAUCUGAUCUCAAAGGUUCAUAUCCAGGGAGGGAGUCAUGCUGAUCUUUGCCUUUCAAGCACUCACACUAAGACCUAAUUUCAAGUAGUAUUAGUUCAGGUUCUCUUAUUCACUGCUAAAACACUAUACAUCUCAAUUGCACUCUGUUUAGUAUUGUAGAAAUUUUAUUCUCCUUGAAGAUUUUUUUUCUUACUUAAUAAUGAAUAUUUCAAUAAGUAAUCACAUGCACACUAUGCAGUAGGUAGGCAUCAGAGUCCAGUAAGCAUUGUAUAGAACUCCAGUGCAGUGGUCCACCACACUCAAGGGAACUUUUGGAGGCAGAUAACAGGUGAAUGACUGAUAUAUGUGAGGAGACUUUUUUGGUUUUAUGUAUUGUUAAUUAAUUAUUAUAAUAUACUGUAAAUUGGGUGUGUUUUCAGCAUACAGUUAAUUAAAAAAAAAAAAUUUAGUAUGAGAAGUAUAAAAUGAAAAUCUGAUAUUCAGAAGUUUUGUUGCAUAAGUGGACAUGCAAUAGGACGUGAGUGGAUGAACAAAUAUCAAGAUGAGUCUUUAAACUAAUCAAGACGAACGCUGGAGUUUAUAGUACUACAUAUAUCUCAGUGUCGGUGAAGAGAGCUAUUAAUGAUGCUUAAAAUUGUAUUGAUUUUUAACUCAGGAUGAAAGCUUCCAGUAGUUAAUUUUCUUAAGGAUUGUAUUAUAAGGACAUAUCCUCUAAACUCCUUUGAAGAGUAACUUUGUGACAUAUUAACCUCUGAAUGUGUACUAAAUUAGCAAUAUGAUAUUUUACACCACAUAAUUUCAGGCUGGUGUGGAGUGGAGGCAGGAGAUGGAGGGGGUUUAGUGGUUCCAUGAGUAGCUGCAUCCAGACCUCCUUGUUCCUCAUGUCCUCCUGAUAGGAAUAAUUUCUGUGCAUUCAGUAAAAGUUAAGUGGCUAGAACAGACACUCAUUACCUCAGAAUGUCAUUGCAGUAGGUAAUGCUCAGUUCCUCAUGCUAGUAUCUUUGUGCAAAGUGAUUCUGGUAGCCUGAGUGCUGUCCUGUUGCUGUGUGUUUGUAUAAAUGAAACCUUCUCACUUGUUUAGGGUAUAAUACAUGACAGGUUUUUUGAUGUACAUAUUGAUUCCCUCCAGAGCAUUUUGCAUGUGUCUGUAGUUCAUCUUGGUAAGGACAUGGAAGAAUGCAUUGUUUUUAUUAUUUUUUUAGUGGUACGUGUCAGACUAAUAUAUGAAGUGCUUGUCAUCAUAGUUACCACAUGUUUUCCUUGGCAUUCUUCUAGUCAGAGAAUCUUUAUGGCAUAUCUCAUGUAAGUCUGCCAGACACCAGCUGUUCUCCCACCCACCACAUUGUUAUAUUGCCUCCUCAUGUGUGUAGCUUCAGGCUCUGAUCCUCCUCUCCUGUGUACCUUACAGACAAAUAUCAAUCUUCUUGUAGUAUUGUGUUUCAGAAAUCUUUUUCUUUCCAUCAAGGAAAUAAGAGUGAUUGCUUAUUUCAUAUGUUGCCUUCAUCUUUCAUAAACAAAUUUCCCAUUAAAGUACAUUAAUUUUUUUUGUAAGCAGUGUAUAUUUAUUUUUAUUAUGGUUUCUUUAUGUUUGUAAGAAGAGCCUUACUGGCCCACUCUGGUGUCACCCUCAUGAGUCCAGCAGCAGUAGACCGGCCCAUCCCCACCUCACCAAGGAGCACAUGUAGUAACUGGUGGUGACUUAUGUUCAGUGGUAAGAUCAUGGUUUUGAUACAAGAUUUCAUUAGUGCAAAAGUAUAGAAUAAGGACUUUUAUUAUGUUAGACAUUCUCUUUAGAAUACAACUGUACAGAAGCAUGAUCAGCAAACUUGUCCUUUCACCUAGUUAGAGUAAAUAAUUCAAAGUUGACAAAAAUUGUUAUGUCAGAUUAAUUUUCUUUUGAGCAACAGAAGGAAUUAUGUUAUGAGAAAAUGUUGGAUUUCAACUCGAGAUGAGCUGACAACCAAAAGACGUGAAUGUUAUCCUAUAGGAGUAAGCUUACCAAGUGCUCAGACCUGUACAGUCUCUCCAGUAGCCACACAUGUACCUCGAUGCAAUUGACUAUUUGGAUGACUCAGUUCAGACAUCAGUCACAAUCAAAAAAAAAAAAAAAAAAAGAUGAAAAACAAAAGGAAAAACCAGAGUAAUUCAUAAAAUGAGCUUCCCCUUCACUGUGGUGAGGCCCCUCUGCUGCCACACACCAGUAGCGAUGGUGGUAGUGGUGGUGGUGGUAGCAAGAGGCUCCAUGUAAAGGGGAAGGAAACUCCACCUAAAUGGACACUACAGCUUCAGUUUUUUAUAACCCUCCAGUCUUGUAGUGUUUUAAGACGAGGCUGGAGUACUGUAAAGCUAGUAAGUUAUGAAAUAAAAUAUGUGUAUGAUUGUGUUAUGAGAUCAAUUCUUUCCACCUCAGAUUAUCAAUAUAGGCAUUCCUUAUUUCAGAAACUGAAUACCUGCAUUACUGAAUGCUAUUAUUCAUUUAAUUUUGUUCUUAUUCUUCUAAAUCCUGCAUAGCCUGGAAAUGAAUUUAUAUUGCUUAGUUUACUACAGUUUAUAUUGUAAUUCACACCACAUUUUUUUUUUCAAUUGGUGACUCAUUAUCAGCAUUGCUUCAAGAGCUUAACGACCACUUUAUUUCUCAUUCUUGUAUAAAAUAAUUCACUGUACUUACAGCCAUUUCAGGCUUAUUUCUUUUCUAAUUUUUCAAGGCUUUAAGGACAACACAUGCACUUUUAGAUGCGAUUGCGCUGCACUGCCGCACAGCUGAAUCACGCCAUGAAUGUGACGACAAAGUACGCACACUCACACAGCUCUAGGCCAUGCGACCGGAAUAAAUAAAUGUUUUCCAGUGUUUUC